CCCUCAAUACAAAACCAAUACGCACGUAAUCGCUUUAGCUUUCCCUCUUAACAAUUCUGAAUCAAAGCCAAAGCAAACAUGUAAUCAAAUCAUUUGAACAACAUUCAAUUUUUGACAAAUCCUCACUUUCUCUUCUUCGUUUUAUUUCUUUUUUUUUUUUUUUUCUUCUUUUCUUUUAUCAUCUUUAGAGUGCUUACAGAUAUCGAUUUACGGCAGCAGAAGAAGAAUCUUUGAUUGUCACUUUAAAUCUGUUUGAGGAAUUCAAGGCUGCAAGUUUGGAAUUGCCAUAAAGCAAAGUGGUCAUCCAAACUUUACCACUGACGCCCUUCUAAAUCUUCCAAAUCUUUCAUCGCUGAUGGGUCACCACCAUCUCACUCCCCCAUAAAUCUUCCACUCCAUCAACUUCACCCCUCUGCCACCCUCACCAUGUCUGUUUCUUCACUUUCAGAGCCCACCUUUUACCCGUUUUCAAUGUUUUAAAUAAGAUUUUGUUGCAAGAGUUUUUCUUUUAUAUCACUGCGGAAUCCUCAAUCUUACUGUUGAUAUUACAAUGUCAUGGCAAAGCUGCACCUCGGAUGCCGAGAGUAGAGGUAUAAGCAAGAUCAGGAAGCGGGGUUGUUCAUCUUCUUCAUCGUCGUCGUUGGUUAAGAAAUACAGAUAUAAGCGUGCAAUUCUAGUGGGAAAGAGAGGUGGCUCUAGCACGCCCGUUCCGACGUGGAAGACGAGCGUAAAGUCUCCAUCUUUAGCAAUGCUAACUGCAGAGCAACAACCCGGUAGUGGUAUGCCUUCUCAGGGAGGAGAAAGAGGCAAGGAAGUGUCGAUUUCAGCGCGAAAACUUGCGGCCACUUUGUGGGAAAUCAACAAAAUUCCUUCUUCUAAAGGGAAGGAGGAGUUGGAAAAACAAGAACUAAGAAGCAAAGAGAGAGUUUUGAGAGGUUCACAGUCUGGUGCUUUGCCUCCCCACUUGUUAGAUCCAUCUUACAGUCCCAUUUCAGAGGGACUGGAUCGAUCCAGAGGCAGUGCACGCCGGAGACGAACUUCAGUAAUUUCUCAGAAGCUUCAAGUUACUGAUUAUAACUUUGGUGGGACAUUGGACUCUCUGAACAAUGCCAGUGUUGUAGAGAUAGAGGCUCAUUCAGGAGGUAAGACUCAUGGUGGAUCCAUCAUUGGAAUUAAAACCCGUUUGAAGGAUGUUAGUAAUGGCCUAACCGCAUCAAAGGAGCUUUUGAAAGUUUUGAAUCGUGUUUGGGGUCUUGAAGAACAGCAUUCAUUAGGCAUAUCUCUUGUCUCAGCGAUACGGACUGAGCUUGAUCGGGCUCGUGUUCAAGUUGAUCAUUUGAUCAAAGAGCAGCGGUCUUAUCACAAUGAGGUUGAGUACUUAAUGAAGCAUUUUGCAGAAGAAAAGGCGGCUUGGAAAAGGAAGGAAUGGGAGAGGGUUCGCCAUGCCAUGGCAUGUACAGCAGAAGAGCUUGAGGUAGAGAAAAAGCUUAGAAGACAAACAGAGAGAUUAAACAAGAAGCUUGGAAAAGAAUUGGCAGAGACGAAAGCAUCUCUGUCGAAUGCAAUGAAAGAACUAGAGAGUGAGAAGAGGGCGAAAGAGAUAUUGGAGCAAGUUUGUGAUGAGUUAGCCAGAGGCAUUGGAGAAGACAGAGCUGAGGUAGAAGAACUAAAGAGAGAGUCAGUUAAAGCUAGAGAAGAAGUUGAAAAGGAGAGGCAGAUGCUUCAACUUGCUGACGUUUUGCGCGAGGAGAGAGUCAAGAUGAAGCUCUCCGAGGCCAAGUACCAUUUUGAGGAGCAAAAUGCAGCUGUGGAAAGGCUAAGAAAUGAGCUUGAGGCCUACUUGAGAACCAAAAAAGGAGAAGAAAAUGGAGAAAUUUCCCCGAAUUUCAAGAGAAUCAAGGAUCUUGAAGCUUAUUUGAAGAAAGACCAAUUUAGUUCGUGUGAAAAUACAAAGACAAAGGAGUAUGAAGCGGGAGUAGACAAUGGAGAUGAGCACGAGGCAGAUGAUGACUCGGCUGAUAGUGAUCUUCACUCCAUUGAAUUAAACAUGGACAAUAGUAGUCGAAGCUAUAAGUGGAGUUAUGCCUAUGGUGAUGAUGCCCAAGAUGAUAUGAAGAAGGUCUCAGUUGAUAAAGGAAUCAAAGGGAGGAAAUCCAUUGAGAAAAUUCAAUGGGGAAAUAUUUGCUUGGAAAAAGGAACUUCUAAUAGUAUGAAUUGGAGCUACAAGGAACAUUCAGGUGAACUUGACAGGGAAAGAUUAGCAGAGAUUGUUUCACAAACUCAGACAAAAGAACUCGCAGAUGAAAUCAAGAGAUACCAGUCAAUCAAAAAUCUUCAAGACCAUAUUCUAUCCGGUCCCAAGAUGGCAUCAUUUCAAAGCGUUGCAAGUCCAAUGCGUCAAUGGGGCCAAUCCUUGCCUCAGCAGGAUCCUGGAACUGUAGGUCCAGAAACUCAAGGAAUGCCUUUAAUUGCAAGCUAGUGGAAUCAUCAAAUGAAUGCAGGAUUUCAGCAAGUUGAAGACAAAAAAGGAAAAAUAAUUUUUUAUCCUUGUUUAAACUACCGUUUUGUUUGCAAAUUGCAAUUUCCUGGAGAAUCUUCCUAUUUAUGAGCGUGUGUUAAUGAAAUUAGGCAAGAUGUAAAUAAAGUAUUGUGCAAGGUCUGCUAAACCUACUGAAAAGCCUGUUCUGAGUUCUGAAGUUCUGAAGUAUGUAUUCAUUUUCACUAUGUUAUAUAAGAAACACCGAUUCCAAGUUUUAUCCACA